GGCCAGAACCUGUGCUGAGUUCUCUGCAUAGGGCCCCAGGGCCAGGAUCCUAGAGCUGGGAGCAGGAGGCCCGAGACAUGAACAAAAUCUUCCCCCAGGGAGACAGCGAUGACAGUGCUGCUGGAACCAACGCCCUCCCCCGAGGGGAAGGCAGAGGCUCACUAAAACAGGUGUCUGUUUCUCCUGACCUCCUGAGGAGAAGUCCUCGAGGGAGGACAGAGGGGCGAGGGCCAUGAUGCAGAGACCUGGAUGCCCACCUCAACUGCUGCUCACCAGCCACUGGCCUGGGCAAGGGACGGGUGCUUGGUGGAAGUGGGCCCACAGGCAGAACCGGGCGCAUCAUGGAAGCUGCAGCCCCCUCUGCGGCUCACGCCAGGGCGCCUGCCUCUCAGCCUUCUUGCUGCUCCUGCUGGUCACUCUCGCUGCCCUCAUCGCCCUGGUCUCCAUCCUGGGAUUCCCACCACACACACCAGGGGCCCAGACCUGUGUAACGCUGACGAACAGGACGGGCUUCUUGUGCCAUGACCAGAGGAGCUGCAUCCCCGCCAGCAGGGUCUGUGAUGGCGUCCGCACCUGCGCCCACGGGGAGGAUGAGGACGAGACCAUGUGCCGGGAUAUGCCCCAGAGCCUCCCCAGCUUCCUCGUGGCCCGCUGUGGAGACCCAUCUUUCUGGAUCUACUCAGACCAAAAGUGUGAUGGGACCAACAACUGUGGGGACUGCUCAGAUGAACUGAGCCCAGUGACGACGUGCCCACCCUGUGGCCCGGGCUGGUGGCGUUGCCCCUCGACUGUCUUCGGGUACUGUGGCUGCAUCCCCAGGAGCCUCUGCCGCGACCACACACAGCACUGCUCCGACUGGUCUGAUGAGUACUCCUGUCCUGGACCCUGAGGGGGCCCCCAGGCCGGAGGGGAGGCCGGUUGGAAAGGCACUGAUAGGCCUUCACAGGAGCAGCGAAUGCAAGAACACAAGGAUGGGAAGGAGGCUUCAAGGUCAUCUAGGGGAUCCGUGCACCAUUGUCUCUGAAUAAGAGUUGCCUCUCCUUGCUUUCAAGUUGUUUAGCCUCUCCUUGAAUGCCUCCAGGGACAGGGGCUCACGACCAAGUCAGAUCACUCCUAACCAAGAUGAAGGGGAUCCACUUUCCUGAUUUUAGGCAUGUCUCCGGGACCACACAGAACAAAUCCGUUCUCUGCCCCAAAAGAGGCUUGCAGCUCCUGAUCCUAUCACCCCUUAGGAAAAAGAUAAAACCAAGCCAAGGAGUUCGGAUCUCAUAGAUGCCACAUAUAUGUGAAGUUGCCACUUUCUGCUCCCUUGGGGACCCAAGGCAGAUAUUGCUGGGCUCACGUGCAGCUUAUAUUUUUCUCCACUCAGUGAUCCUAGCAGGCCCUGCUGGCUGAUCACGGGAGAUGGCACUCGAGGCAGGGUAUUGGCUAUCCUACCUACCCUUGGAAGCCAUCCCGAGGGCUCUGAGCUGGAGAAUAGAAGGUCAGGAGAAAGAGCAGCUUGAGGUGCUCCUCACUGCCCUUCUGUCUAUCCCAUUCUGCACGCUGCCACCUGUAACCAGUUGCCCAACCCAACAACCCAGCUCUCCUGAGGAAGGGAUUGCAUUUUGGUCCUGGAAGCUGAGUGAAUGAGCAGUUUCUCUGAUACUUUCCAGUUUCACAACAGCCAGACAGACAAGGAUACGUAUCCCUGUUAAACAGAUGAGGAAACUGAGGCCUAGAGGAAGAAAUGACUUGCUCAGGUCAUCCAGCAAAGUCAGUGCCAGAACUGGAACCCAAGCACGGUCUCUGGCGUCCCACCUCUGAAGCCUUUCUGCUCCCAAUGGGAUUAUACCUUGGCCAGGGACAGAAUCUCCUUGGGGUACUUUAAAAAGGUAAUUUCGUGGGCAGCUGAGUGGGUUGAGCAUCUGACUCCUGGUUUCAACUCUGGUUUCAAUCUCAGGGUUGAGAGAUUGAGUUCUGCGUUGGGCUCUGCGCUGAGUGUGGGUUCUGCUUGGGAUUCUCUCUCUCCCUCUGUCCCUACCCCUGCCAAAUAAAUCUUAAAUAAAUAAAUAGGUAAAAUAAAAAGAUAACAAAUUUUUAAAAUCUUAAAAAAAUAAAAAUAAACAAUUUGAAGGUCAGAGUGUGAUCCACACCUAUUCCAAAAGAAAGACUUGCAAUUUGGAAUCUGACCAACAGAAGAGUUCCUGAUGAGGAAGACAGAUAUAUCCUCAUUGGAAACUAAUAAAAUUGGUUUUAUAAAGCA